CAGGAGGCGCUUUAACAGUCUGUGCUGUAAUUUCUUCCAGCGAAUAAGACGAAGAGGGAGCCACAACAAUAACACACAGCUAGCUACACUGAGAAGAAAACAGCUACGAAACGAGCCUCUCUUACCUCCUAAAUCCGUAUUUGAAACACUUACAGGCAGACCGUUUCCGUAAAUAAUCCAAUAUAAAUCUGCACAGAGGUGAAGUGUUGAGUUAUUAACAUGAACACCAUGCUGUGGUUGUUGUAAUAACGGUCAGAAGCUAGCUAUCUUCACCCCCAGGUCCGCGUCUCUCUCUCGGGUUUCUGUUUAAUGUCACUGGUCUGCCAUCAUGGAGAGCUUGUACAAGCGGAAGAUGUUCGCCUCGAUGCGGAAAACCAAAGUGGACGCAAACAAGAAGAGGCAGAUCGGCCUGCCCAACUCCAUCCUGGACGACAGUGACGAAGGCUCCUUCACCUCCUCCUCCUCCUCCUCCAACGGAUCCGAGUCCGACUACCAGAGCUCCCGGGAGGAGGAGGACAGCGAGCAGGAGGAGCGAGGAGGCCGGAGCGGAGACGACGACUCCGGGGCGACUUCCAGCGACCACAGCCGCUCAGUCACCCGCAGAAAGCGCUCGUUCCUGGGAGGAGACAACAGCAGCUCCUCGUCCUCCAGUUCCGGAGAGGAGGACAGCACUGAUGAUGAGGAGGAGGAGAAGAAGAAGAAGAAGAAGAGGAGCAAGGAGGUGAAGAGGAAGGUGCAUCAGAAGAAGAGGAGCAGGCUGCAGCCGCGGGACGAGUCGGACUCGGAUCAUGCGGAGAAGAAGAAGGUCGACGAGGCGGAGAAGCUGAAGAAGAGGCAGAGACACAACAAGCUGCUGGCGCUGUCAAAGAGGAUGAAGGCCCGGGUACCCAGCCGGAGAUGGAACCGCCUGAAGCAGGAUUCGGGCGAUGAGGAAGAGUCCAAAGAAGGUGAUGAUGAUGAGGCCGUCGGUGGUGAUAAUGAUGGAGGCGCAGGAGAAAAUGGCAACAGUAAACAGGCUGCAAAGGCUGAUGGAGGAGACAAAGAGGAGGAGAAAGACACAGAAGAGGAGACAGAAGAAGAAGAAGAAGAAGAGGAGGAGGAGGAGGAGGAGGAGAAGAAGGGAAAGAAGGGAAAGAAGUAGAUCCACUCUGUGAUGGAGAACAGAGAAGGAGUUUGAAUGUGAAGAACUUAAAUACUUAAAUCGUCUGACUCAUAACAGUUAGUUUGUACAGUUUUCUCCUUUCUCCUGCAGCAUCUAAAGUGGAGAACGCUAAGAACUGACAAGGUUUUCACUGUCAUAUCUUGUUGCUAUAGAAACAGACAUUUGGUGACACGCAACAAAAAGAUGUGCAGAUGAUUUGGAGAGCCUCGCUGACGCAUUAUGACAUGUAUUUUGUGGAGGAAGUGGAGCCUGAAUUAGGACACAGCUUUAGAGUGAUGCUGAGAGAAGUGGCACUCCUCUUCGGUGUCAUAUGCUAAUUCUUAGUGGUCUACCCCUGCUGAUCUGCUGACCUAUGUCACGUCAAGUCUGUUUAAUUUAUCCCAAAGUCACUUAUCCCAGUUGUUGAUCCCAUUUUACACAGACAGGUGCAAUUUAACACCGGCAGGUAUUGUGUAAAGUUGGUGAUAAUGUGAAUGUGGUAUAAGCUAAUGGGGCUAGCCGCAGCUACGUAUUAUCCCCAUACGGCUAGCAUAGUGAAUGUAGCCUGUUGUUUUUGACAAUAACUAGCAGCAGUUGGCAGCGAUUUUACCAUUUAUGCUAACUAGAUGCCAGUGCAUUAUGUCAAAUAUCCAUAGUUUUUAUUUUAUUCUAAUAUUAUUGCUUUUUUUAAUCACUCAGGGGACAUCAGUCACAUGUGACAAAAUAAUUUGAACUCGGGUCCACUUACUGAGCUUUCAAUUUUAUAUCGUGGUUUUCGAGACCAUGAAAACAACAACAAACAAGUUGGCGGAUGUGGCUAAAAAGCUCCACAAGUAAGUGGAUCUUGAGUUGAAAUUAAGGACAAGAAUUGACUCAAACGAGUGAUUUAUAACAGACAUACGCCAGUAGAUCAGCAGCAGCAUACCAGUGAUCAACAUACCACUCAGAAUUGGCAGAUGAUGCUAAAAUAAGAGUGGCAGACACUUUUUGAUGCUGCAGCUUCAGUGUUGAUCUGAGCAGAGACGCUGCUGCAGAGGCUUUAAGUUUUUAGUGUAUCUUGUGUUUCUGCUGGAGGACGGUACAGCAGCUCAGAGGACGGGGCUUCGUCAGUGUCAGUUGACAGACUGUGGGGACGUGAAUCUCACCCAUACUUGCCAACCCUCCCGAUUUUCCAAGGAGACUCCCGUUUUUCAUCGCCCUCUCCCGCUUUCCUCCCGGGGUCACACUUCUGAGUUAUGACAAACCUUUUUUGCCUUGUUGUUAUCUUAACCUGUUUCUGGCGCUGUACAGCGUGUAUAUAAACCCUUCUGUUUCCACCAGGAUGACAAUACAGCUACGUUGUUUCGCGGUAGAGAAGAUGCUUGUGUUGUUGGGCUUUGCUCAACGCAGCGAUAAGCCACCGUGGUGUGGCACAAGCCAUUGGAAACAACAUGUUACAGAGCGCAGUGGUGCUGUUGUCGCAUUGUGUCUGAAAGGAUUAGUUUCAGUUUUUAUUAGUUUAUAAGUUUUUAUCAGAGAUUCACACAAGUUCACACCAGAGGGGUGAUUAUUGCAGUGUACUUAAUAUUUUGUUAUUUUCAGUCUUUAAAUGUCUCCAGAAUGCAGGAAACAAAGUCUGGUUUUCUCCCUUUUUUUGAGGUCUCCUGGUUGGCAAGUAUGAUCUCACCCGGCUGAAAUAUCAGUGCAAAUACUGAAGACACUGAGCUGAAGAAAUGUUCCUUCCUUUAUUGUAAAAAGGCAAAGGCAACUUGUGUCUGUGACAAUUCUAGGAGAUAAGUCAAAUACGAGUCCCAGAGAGCAUCGCUAGAGGAAACAUCCAGUGACAAAGCUUCGAGUUCUUGUUGUUUAGUGUGUGACUGCGGUGAGAAAGCACUCUGAAUAUGAUAAAACUCUGAUUUCACAGGUCUAGAUAGACAUCGGCUGCUGAGGCUUCUGGGUACUGCUGUAUUCAGAGAUAUUCAACAUACCCAACUGACAGUGCUCAGAUUCUUCUCUGUUACACUUUCCUUCUAUUUUAUUUAUUUUUUAGUUAAAAAAAAAAAAAAAAAAGAUAAAAUCACACUCUGUUAUUGAAAAGCAGACUUUUUUUUUUUUUUUAAUUUGUGAUGAAACCACUGUCUGACGGGCUCAUUGCUGCUGUCAACAGGGGAUUUAGACUGAAUGAUUUCAGCCACAAACUUACAAACUGUAUAUUUUAUUGUACAGUAGCCUUUUAUUUGUUUCAGUUUAAAGGCAAUGUUUGCAGAAAUAUCUGUAAAUGUUUGGUAGUUUUGUCCAUCCCUUCAGUUACGAGUAUAUUUGACUUAGCAGCCGCUGUCUGAUUGCAGCUCCUCCGUUGAGAGGAUUUGCUGCUUUUCCCUGUUUUAUAUUAUUGUAAACUUUGGGUUUUUGGACUGUUGGUUGGACAAAAAUAAGACAUUUGAAGACAUCACCUUGGACUUGGAAAAGUGUCAUUGACAUUUUCACACAUUUUAUAGCAAAAAUAAUGAAUUGAAAGAUUAAUUUACAGAUGAAUUGAUAAUGAGAAUAAUAAUUUAUUGCAGGCAAUGGUUGUUUGUUUGAAUCCUAGACAGUGAGCACAGAAAAUUUCAAGCUUAAAGGUCCACCUACUAGCUUUAUCCAUAGAUUUCAACUGCAUCUCACACUCUUGAACGAAACGAGCUGGUUUAGUUGUUAUUGCAUGACCUUUGGUCACUGUUCAAAGACGGUCUCUGGCGUUGGAUGUGAUUGAACGUCCACUGACUUAUGACCUUUGACUCCUUCCCAGUUGAUGGUUUUGGUCUGGUGUUCACACAGGUCUUAUGAUGACACCUGAGUCAGUUCCUAUUAAGUGAGUGAAGACUGUGAGAUGCAGCUGACUGCGCUGAAAACUACCAAAGACGGUGUGUUUAUUGCAAAAGAACAACAACAUAAAAAUAGCUGAAAGAAAAGAGUAUGGAGGUACUUCUUUAACUAACCUCUCAGACUCCAAAACUUUUAUCGGCGUCGCUGAAUUGUUCCAGUAAAAUGUUAUCAUAGCUGACAGGAAAGAUGGACAGAACUAUAAAAAAUAGGAUUUAGACUACAAGAAACAAACAUUUUUCGUACAUAUCAGAGACAUUUUCUCCUAAAGGCAGAUGCUUUUUGCACUUGCUGAAAGCAGUUCAUUUAAGUACAUUUUAACAUAUAAAUAUAACAGGAGAAGCAACACAGUGUUUCCUGUAUAUAGAGUUCAUUUGGGCUGCCCUCCUACAAACUUUCUUUGUACUUUUUCUAUUUACUUAUCUCUCUCUAAAUUCUGUUUCAGUGCUACAUUCAUGUGCUAAUGUAUAAAUUGGACAAAUAAUGUCCUUAAUCAGAAGUUUGCUCUUUUAAAUAUAUUCCCUUCAUUCCUUGUUGCCUUCCCCUCUUUCCUCCCUUUCUUCACUCUUUCCUUCCUUCUUCUGUAAUGGUGCGUUUAAGUGCAGUCAUAUAGAUUGGAAAAAAAGACCUCCCUUAUCAUAAGCUAAGCCUGUUUUGCAGAUUUCUGAGCUUUGACAACUGCAAAUAAGCUGCCAGCUGAUGAGAAACUGAGCUGUAAAGAAUGUUUUUUUUAUGUCCAGUUUACAGUCUGCAGCUGUUCAAACUGAACCUACAAAGGGUUUAAGAGUUUGGGGCUUUUUAUGCUUGUCGCUCUUCCACUGGACUCUCUAUAUUAAACAGAAUAGUGAUGAUAAACGCACACGCGUCAUAGUUGUCAUGGUCUUUCAUUGCUGUAUAAAGCUCUUCAGACCAACCCUGCCCUGUUGAAAACACCUCUUUUAUUAAUAAAGUUUCUUCUUUUGACCAACAAGUUUUGUGUUGGAAAGUCACAUCUUAACUUUCGUAGUAUAUAGAACUACAUUUCCCAUGAAUCAGCCUGCCCUAGCUGUAAAAUAUUGCUCUUUUAUUUUUAUAUGUGAAUGAUAAACUGAGUGCUGAAGCCUCAGGACAGUAACAUCUGAACACCUCAUUUUAACAAAGAUAUGACAACAUUUGGUUGACUUUCACAACUACAUCUCCCAUGAUGCUUUGACAGAGCCUCCAUACAGGGAUUGCAUACAGUCGCAGCCAAAAAUAUUAGUACCUUUGCACUUUUUUGCUUUCAGAAAAAUUGUUGAAAUUAAAAAAUAUUUUGGUA